UAUCUCGGAGACAAAUGGUCGUAAUUGAGCCAUCCAAAGCGAUUUUUGAAGCUGAAUAAACACGCUAAGAGACCUAUACAAUGGAGUAGCUCGAAAAAAUUUUUCCAUGCCCAUAGAGUGAAAAACGAAACCUAGAAAAUUUAGAAAAAAAAUAUUUUCAGCUUUGUUUAAGAAUUGUAUGGAAACCGGAGCUCAAAAAAUUUUUUCACCAAAAAAUCUGAAAACUAGAGUUUUCAAGCUUAAAAACCCUUUUUUUAAAUUUCCUGUACGAUUAUUUUUCACUGAAAUACAGCCUGUUGAAAAUCACCCAAAAAUUUCAAAAAUUUUUAUGUUCCCUUAAUUUUUGCGAGGAGUGUAUUAUAAAUUUUGUAUUAUAAUUAAUGAUCUAUAAAUUAAUAUUUUAGAGAAAUUGUCAAAGUAUUUUAAUUGGAUGAAGUGCCGUGUUCGUAAUUCACUGUUCAUCCCAAAGAAGGUUCAUCCCAAAGGUUGACUUGUAGAGAAUGUUACCAGUAGUCCGCCUUUGUACCAUUUUUUUGUUCAAUAAAGUUAUUUAAAAAGAAAAAAAAAAAACUAGACAUUAAAGAAUGGUGCCUCAGAAUCAUAUCAUUUUAUAUUUUGUAUAAUUUCAGUAAUCUUGGCAUGUCUCUUUGUCGAAUUUUUGAGUUAAUUGAUUGUAUCUAUAUUAUUUAAUAUUCUCUUGAUUAAUUUUGUAUUUGCUAAAUAUGUAAAAUAUAAAGAAAUAAUUUAAGAUUUUGUUCCACAAAAAAAAAAAAAAAUCAAUUGUGGCAAAAACCAGUUAUUUUGCCGUAUAAAUUACUGAACUGAUUUUGACAAAAUUUCUACCGACCGAUCUGAAAGUAUAUUCUUUUAGAUAAAAAAGAAUUUUCCAACAAUGAUGGAAUUAUGAGGUAAUAAUCAUAAAAAAUAAACCGAAUUGAGAACCUUUUAAGUCCAUUGAAAAACAGGUUACAACUUUAGGUACUAAAAAUUCGUAAAGCGGAUAAAUAUUUAUAAAGAUUUUAAUAUAAAUAACUAUUACUUAGUUUUACACAUAGAUUUAGCAUAACCACAGAUAAUAUAAUGUAUGUAACAUACUUAGGGUUUUACAAGUAAUGCAUUGAGGUUUUACCUACAAUUAUAUGUAUUUUAAAAUGUCAAACUUGACAUGGAUCAUAUGUUCAUGACUGUUUUCGACAAAAUAAAAGAACUAUAUUAUACACUAUAAUUAUAUAUUAAGAAUUAUAUGAUACUUUAUGUAUAUAAAACGUAUAUUGACAUGAGCGCAUUAUUGAAUUGUGGUGUUUGUUGUUUUAUCCUUAGUAUAUGGGGAGUUAUACAGUUGGUGAAUAUGAAUCAUAAUUAUUCUGGUUUUGUAAAGUAGAUAGUCUUUCAUUUUUUAUAGUAGAUCGUAAACAAACAUUCGGCCAUUCUCCAUUAGCAAUCGCGAUAGUCUAGUAUAAAACAGGUCAGUAUUUAAUCUAGUACUUUUUUGAUUAAGUACUUACUUAUUCUAUACUAGGCUUCUAGUAUAAAAUAUCGAAACCGUUAUCAUCCUUUUAAGUCAGUAUUCUAUUUUGUAGUUUCUCAGACUAAAGAGUUGUUGUAUUUUGUUAUUUGUACUUAACUUUUUAUAUUCGUUAUACCAGUUCUUACUUCUCCUGACGAAUUCAGAGCUCGCACAUUCGCCACAAUUCAAUGGAAUUAAAAAAGGAGGAGGUUUUCAAUACGAUUGUAUUUUUUUUUAUAUAUAUUAUUCCUGAACUCCGUCAUUUAUAAACAGAUUUGAAAGUUCUUUUCUUUCUUUCGGAUUGGUCCCAUAGAAAUUGUGUCAAAAUCAGCAUAGUAAUUUAGUUUUCAAAUCGAAAUAACGGGUCUUGCUAUGAUUGACGACGGUGUUUUUUUUUAUGGAACAGUAUCUUAAAUAUCAAUUGACACAUCUAAUUUUUAAGUGAAAUAAAACUGUUAUGAAAUAUAUCUAUAUCCACAGGCACUAAUGGGUAUAUUUUAUAAAAUCGAAACUCCAAUGUUGAUUGAGGACGUUGAAGAGCAUGUAUAUGAUGAUUAUGACGACUUUAUAAAGAAGACUAAAAAGAAUUAUCAGGCGAAUGCUCUUAACUGUUGGAUUGCAACUGCAAUAUAUGCAUUGAUGAUCGGAAUUUCCUAUAUAUGUAUCCGUAAGGCACGUAGUAACGAAAAAAAAGCAAAGGAAGAACUGGAAGAUGAUGACUACUACUGCACACAUCGCAAUCGUUAAUUGCAAUGAUAUGUUUUUAUAACUUAGUAGGUACAUAGUGUAUUAAAUAAAGUAACAUUGCCUCACUGUUUUAUAAGUUUUUAUGAAAAUUGGAAAUCAUCAAUAAUAGUCCUUAUAAAAAUUUGCGCUACUUGCUAAUUUUAAUCAUCUUCCAUUAAUUUAAUAUCAAUAUUUUAAAUUAAUGGACUGAACAUAUAUAAAUCUUAUCACCAAUUUGAAGCAUUUUCAUCAGCUUUUUCAAACGCAUUUAAUAGCUAAAGCAGCCCAUUGCUUUACUUGUGAUUUGUUUCUAGUAACCUUUAUUCUACUGUAAUAUUAUAGGGAGAAUAUGGGCAUAAUUAUUCUAAUAUUAUAUAAUUUCAAUAUCUAAAUGUUGAAAUUAUAUUUAUUACCUAAGUACGAAAUAUAAAUUA